GGUGAGCGCUGGGCUAUUUACCGCUACGUUGGGCUUCAAAUUGAAAUUUUUUAACCCGGGAGAAGAAAAAAAAAUGUUUCCGUCUCGGACAAAAAAUAAGAAACGUUAAGUCCCUUUCCGCGACCCAUCGGUUACUAAGCCAUGGGCAAGUCCAAGAGCACUGGAAACCACAAGAGCGACAAGAAGAAGAACAUUGCGAAGCUGUGGAAGACCAAGCGCAGGACAAAGGACCUGGAUCAGAUCCACGAGGACAUGAGGGCUGGGAACGCAGACAAGCUGCUGAAUCAGGAGGUCGACUAUGACGUCACAGGGAACGCUCAGCACUACUGUCUGCACUGCGCGCGAUACUUCGUUGAUCUCAAAACCCUGAAAGAGCACUUCAAGACCAAAGUCCACAAGAGGAGGUUGAAACAGCUCAGAGAAGAGCCCUACACCCAGGCAGAGGCAGAGAGAGCUGCAGGAAUGGGCUCUUACAUCCCACCUAAAGCUGUGGAAGUUCACACUCAGCCUGUGGAGGAGGAUAUGAACUGAACAGCCCUGCCUCCUCAUCAGUCUUGACGGACUGUUCUCCUGGCCUCAUCCUUCCAUUAUAAUAACAACACACCUCAUUUCUUUCCAUGUGAUGUGCCUCCUGCUACUUUCUCAGGGGGAGAAGAAGGGGAGGGGGGGGUUAUUAAUAGAUUUGAAAUUUGACAAAAUAUUUAUACAGUAUAUUUGAACAACACCACACAUCUUAUAAAUUGAAUGUGCUGUAGCUGAUAAAUGUUGUGUGCAUAGCUGUGGCACAGUUAGUUCACUGGGACUGCUCAAGAAAGGACUGGAAGGAAAUAAAUGUAAUGUUGUUCUUUUCUUUGCAGUCUUUCGUGGAAUGGUUGCAAAAUCUGUUUUGUGUUCAAAUCAAAUUUUUGUAUUUAUGGCAUGGAUGAUAUGGUGAUACCCACCUGAACUACUGUCACCAGACAUGCCUCUCCAAGCAGGAGGUGCUUUUAAAAUUAGUGUGAUCUCCUACCUGCCUUUAAUAAUUUGCAAAGAAGCGCCUGGUACAAAAUGCCCCCGCUAGGAUGUUUGUGAACAGGGGAUGUGUUGGCUCAGCAAGGAGGAACUGCCCUAAAGAACAAGCAUCGUGGUCUCCUAGGCAGCAAGAUCUCCUGUGGAAUGUGUGUAUACAGGCAGUAAAAUAAAUCAGAAAAUGUCCAGGUUUUAACGUCUUGUAAACGCA